GGUCUCCUGUUGCCUUGCCUUGCCUUGCAUGGCAUUAUUAUAAGCUGUUUCUGCCGUUGCCGGGCCAUCACCACAGCCACUCUUCCAGCACUAGUUAAACAAAUACCUGUCGUGCUAAUGACUAACCCCCGCGGCCUUCUUCCUCCCGGCUCCAUGAAUUCAUCGCCAUGAGUGCUUCUCCACUUCUGCACCACCAUCGCCAUAACAUCCUAUACUCCCCCCAUCCAGCUUCCUGAUCAAACGAGACUUGAGAGAGGCAAAGGAACAGAGGGUUGGUUAGCCAGAAUGGUGGAAGCAGUGGGGCCUUUCCGGAGCAGAGGCGCCGCCGCCGACCCAGGGAUGCGCGGCGCUCCGGAGGAGGUGCAGAUGGGGGAGACAUUCAUCUUCUCUGAAACCAUCAAGGAUCUCAAGACUCUGCGGUUGCAACUAUAUUCUGCAGCGGAGUAUUUCGAACUAGCCUACACACAGGAAGAUGUAAAGCAGGCGGUGGUGAGUAACCUUAAGGAGUACGCUGUGAAGGCCCUCGUCAACACUGUAGACCACCUAGGGUCCAUAUCCUUCAAAGUCUCCAGCCUUGUAGGUCAAAGGUUCGACGAGGUGGCCGAAGCCAAUCUGCGGGUCUCCUGCAUCCAGCAGAGAACUCAAAUGAGCCAAGCAUGCAUGAACAGAGAAGGCCUGACGCAGCAAUCUUUGGUGAUCACCGCGCCAAAGUAUCAUAAGAGGUACAUCUUACCAGCAGGAAAUGAUUCAAUUCCCGAUGCUGUGCCCAACUUCAGCGAGAUGAAUAAGGUCAAGAACAGGACUACGCAGAUGCAUCCGGCCUUCAGUACAACAUCCGCAGCUCAAACAAAAAGCAAAGACAAGCAAACUUCAUUCCGCAAGAUCCGGUCGAUUGCCCGUGCACCUUCCCAGCGUGCACGUUCAUCCUCUCCAGCGCAGCAUACACGCUUCGUGCCACCUUCUGAUACUGCAAUACCCACCAAAAGAGAUAAAAGAUCGGAUUCACCAAUUUCUUCGACAACUCCACUCACAAGGUCUGGGUCACUCUCAAAGAAGCCAUCCUUGCUCAAGACAUCAAGUGUCAGGGUCCAGACAACUUCAGAUCCCAAGAGAUUGGCACCGCUGCGGUCAUAUGCUGAUAGAUACAAAGAUGAUCCCAAGGAAAACGAGCAGACUCCGAAGAAGAGCAAGAAGUUCCUCAAGUCGCUGCUCAGUAGGCGCAAGUCUAGGAAAGAAGAACCAAUGCCCUGCUACUUCGAUGACUACUGACUCCUGACACCAGAUGGCACCAUCCAGUUUCUGAAUACUUCUGCUUCAGUCUUUCCAUUGAUAUAAAGAUCAUCACUGUAUAGCAACAUAAUUACAGGUCGUCAAUGUUAAUAAUAUAAGCGCAAGACGGGAGUUCCAGGAAGA